UAUUGGUUACCAUUUAUCGGAGAGAGGAGUCGCUAAGUGCACGUUACUAUAGUAUAGUUCAAUCACAGCAGUAACGUAUUUGAAAAAAAAGUAUCUCAUUUCAUUUUACAAGUUUAGGACACUUGCGUUUUGUAUCAUGAGACUGACCCCCUUACUACUAUGGAUUAUGCGGCUCUCUCUGGCUUUUUCCAUCCCAUUCCCACUUCCUAAGCGAACCGUUCACAAAUCCGAUUUUCUGGACAAAAGGUCAAGAUCGAAUUCGGAUGGAAUUGUUGCUGACUGCAUAUUCAUGGCUUCUGAAGAAGGGGAGUUUACCUACAAAUCUGACGGAUCUCCGAAAGUCUGCGGACUCUAUUUUAUCGCACCACCCGAGAAACUUGUAGAAAUAGAAUUCACCACCUUUAACAUUGACUGUAAAACUGGACUGGCCGUCGUUGUAGAUGGCUGGGAAAUGAACCAGCAAUAUUUCCCCUCCCCAGAGGACCACGACAAGUUGAUAGAGGACCGCUUACAUAACCUGUGUGGUCAGCUAACCACGAAGACGUUUGUGUCGUCACAAAAUGUGGCCCUGAUACAGCAUUUGAUAGGGAUGCCAGGGGACGGAUUCGUGGUCAGGGUCCGAUUCUUGGAAAAUCUCCAACCGUGUAACGUGGUAAGCAUGUUUAAGCGAGGCCUGUAUACAGUGAAGAACUACGGCCUGAAGAGGAACUGUUCCGUCUCCAUCAUAUAUCCGGAGCGGAUCCAGCUUCUCUCUGUAGACGUGGGCGUGACCGGGCACUUCCGGCAACAGGAAGGGGAAUUCGGCAUCCGGUCAAAGUGUCACAACUUCAUAGGAGCAGACGACUUUGUUGAAAUAGCUGGCGGGAACGGCUUCGAGCUAGGUUUUCUGAAUGUACGAGGGCGUUACUGCGGCAUGGAAGCCAAUGUCGGUAGUUUGGGGGUGGCGGUGGCCUGUCAGCACUCGUUGGUCCGCCUCGUGUCCAGCGGCAACUACUUCAACUCCGUCACCUUUCUGUACUCAAAUUUAACAGCAGACGAGAUAGGACGCGAGGACCCCAAUAAAUGCACCAAGUAGUUCCUAACGCUGCUAUUUAUCGUGCCGUUUGUGUUCACGUUGGAACCCCCCAUUCCAGUUUCCUCGAGUCUGCAGUAGCUCAAUGUAACUUAUGGCGUCCAUUUCUAGACAGACACAAAGUCAAUAUAUAUACAAUCAUGUAUUUUUAUCGUUUGAAUUCUUUUUCUUAAGGUGCAAUAAAGUACAGGAGAAACUGAUGGAACAAAUAA